AUGGGAAAAGGAAUAAAAAAAUAGAGUGAAUCCAUCCAAAAUAAAGUAGUGAAAAUGAGAUGGGGACACUCUGUUCCUGUUUGUUGAUUGAUUCCAUCCAUCCAUCGUCUCAGAUCUUCCUUUCUCCAUGGCAACACCGGUGGUAUCUUCCCGAUCACCAUCUUCAUCCAAAUCAUGGACCAAAAACAUUUCUUCAAUUGCUGCUCGCAUCUACUUCCUCCUCAUCCUCUUCCAAGUCCCUCUUUUCAGGGUUACAUGUAGAUCUGGUGUUUGUACAACCCCUUUACAUGUUACAUCAUCACAGUUAGUUGCAAGUGAGGUAUUUCCAGUUCCAAUUAUUAAGGGUCUUUUGUACCCAGGUGCUGCUUUAAAUGGCCUUAUCAACAACAGGACUGUACCUAGUUGGGAUAGUUUGUUUGAUUUGUAUAACUUGACAACUAUAAAGGAAGCUUCUGCAGUAACUGAUCUUCAACGCUUGGAGGUCCUCGCCGGAAGCUACUUUUCAGUGGCAGGAGCACUUGUUGGUAUUCUGAAACCUGGGAGAAUGAGCAUAUUUGGAUCACUUCUUGUGAUAUGGGGACUGGUCAAAGAAGGAAUUUUAGGAAAGCCAGUAAAUACUGAUCCUGCGAGAGCUGUCUACGUCUACCCUACAAUGGUGUUUGCCAUGAUAUGUGCUUUCUCGUCUGUAAAAUAUGAUAUGAAGAAGGUUGCUGCUAGGUCGGCCCCUGUCCGAUCCACUGCUAAACCUCUUAAGAGCUCAUCAAAGUCUAAGCUGAAAUAAGUGAUUCUCAUUUUGACAUGUUAAACUUGUACGCAUUUCCCCAAAAUUCCUUUUGGAACAGAUAGACAUAGUUCAGUUUUUUUUCCCAGAAUUGUUAAAUUUUCAUUUUAGAAUAUUACUAUUAA